AUGAUUCAAGGCGUUACAGAGAUAGCCGCGAUGUGCGUCGGCCUGAUUGGGUUGAUCGGCGCGGCGGCUACUACAGGGAUGCCCAUGUGGAAGGUGACGGCUUUCAUUGGGGAAAACAUAAUUGUGAUGGAAACUCGCUGGGAGGGUUUGUGGAUGAACUGCUACAGACAAGCAAACAUCAGGAUGCAGUGCAAGGUGUACGACUCUCUGCUGUACCUGCCCUCUGAGUUACAGGCCGCCAGGGGUCUGAUGUGCUGUUCUCUGGCCUUGUCAGGUCUGGGGCUCCUUGUGGCUCUGGCAGGGAUGCGUUGUACAUCCUGUAUUCAGAAUAAUGAAUGGGCUAAGACCAUCAUGCUGAUGGUUGCAGGUGGUAUGCAGUUCAUGGCCUGUAUCUGUGUCUUUAUCCCCGUGUCAUGGACAGGGAAUGUCGUCAUCAGAGAUUUUUACAAUCCUUUGCUAAUUGAUGCCCAGAGGAGGGAGCUGGGAGAGGCUCUCUACAUCGGUUGGGUGACCGGAGCCUUCCUUUUCGCCUCAGCCAUGUUGUUCCUCUGCCGCCGUAUUCCCUCAGAGAAAGGCUCAUUCGACAUGUACCAGCAAGCCAACUUGCUUCGUUAUCGGCCAGCACCUCUAAUGAGUUAUCAUCCCAUCUCGAGUGUUUCCAGCCUCCAAUCUACUGCAUACCUUCCUUCUCUGCAGAACAACGGCUAUGUUGUACAACAGCUUGCGACGCCACUUCAAAACCUCCCUCAAGUACAAAUGUCAAGGACAAAUGAUGGAGCACUGAUUAACCCUCCUGUUGUCUAUAACCCCGGUCUGCCUGAAAAUUUGUCAUCAUAUGUAAGUAGCAUGGCUCACCAUUACUCCAUGCAGCGUUCUGAUCAUGUUGGAAGCCUGUAUGCGCCAGUCAAAUCCUUGUACCUAAGGCAAAACCCCACGCCAUAUUCACCAACUUAUUUAGGCAAUCCUACUGUGUCCUACCAUACUAGUUUUGAUCGGGUUCCACACACUCCUGUUUCCAUAGGACAUGAAGAAUCAAGAAUACAACCCAAGUCUAACAGUAGGAGCGGUGCUGGUGUAUACAUAUAA